AUGCCAAUAUGCCCUGGAAAAAAGUGCGAGUUUACGUGUUUCCUCACCAAAGAUGCAGAGCUAACGUGUGAUGGAUCAGUCUUGCAGCAGCCGCCUCUCUUUCAGCGAUACCUAGCGAGAGAGAAAGAAAACAGAGAGGUGAAAAAGAAAAAGAAUUCCAUGGACGACUAUCUUGAUUCGACAUUCUUGGCCGAUCUUUAUGAUAAGCCCAUAAGUGUAUCCCUCUAUGAGGUCGUCAAAAUAGAAGAGCCUGUUGCCCCAUCUCGCACCUCCGUCCUUCGUAGAGGUGGCAAAAAAGCAGCGGGAUCCCGUGUCCGACUGAGCGCCGCCCUCGAUGCGGACGCACGAAAAAGUUCUAUGGAAGCGCUGGCGAAACGGCAAUUGAUAUUGGCAAAUGCAGAGUUGCCCAUCAAAGAGAGGUAUUCUCUCAUUCGCAGAGCAUCACUUUUGGGUUUUGGCGCAAAGGCGGAUAUGGCGGUAGAGGAAGGCGAUGAAGAAGAUGCAGCACAACAGGAGGAAGAGAGCAAAAAGAAAAAGAGCAAACCAGAAAAACAAAAGCCAGCUCGAGAAGCACCAAAAUCCAAACCCAAAGUAGGAAGCCACGAAGAUGGGUUUGAACUGAAAACCUUACCCGCAGAUACUUCCCUUCGUUAUGCUCUUCCGGUGCGGCCACGCACAUCAUCACCUCGAAGAAGACCUACCAACCUUGCCGAGCUAGAUGAUAACUUUGACCUCCGCGAACCAGCUCAGCCUCACCACUAUGACAAGCCCGAGCGGCACCUAUCCGCACGCAGUAGGAGCGCAAGAACGCGCCGAAGCCCAGAAUCCAGCGAGCACCAGCCAUUAAAUGCAAUGGAAGAAGAACCAGAGCGUGCUCCUCGACGAAUGCCAUCUCUCGAGAGACAGGCAAGACCUCCUCCCAAGCCAACAAAACCAUCGCAAAAAUCAGCAUCGGACAUUUCGCCUGCAAAAGAAACUGAAGUAAAUAAAGAGGCUUUAAUCGCUCCUCAAGAACCCAGUCGCAAGAAACCCACAGCGACAGAACCUAAACCUCAUCCUCGUGUUGUCUCAGAACCACCUGUCGAGAAACCAGCGCGCCACAAGGCACCCGCACCCCGCGCAUCAUCGGCCCAUGCCAGACCGCCGGUAGCUUCCAAAGACGCUCCUAAAGAAACCAAAAAGAAGAAUGAGAUUCGACAUGAGCUUCGAGCACGAUUAGAGCUGGAUCCCACUGACCUUUUCUGGGGUGAUCUGACUGUCGCUACCGAAGUCGAGGACAAAGUUGAAGGUCUGGAAUUCUGUCGAAUUGCAUUAGCUUUAAGCGCUCCAUUAUUGUCAAAAGAGCAAGAAGAAGGUCUCAACCCCGUGAGUAUCACCCUCCUGGAAGCAGAUGGAAUGCCAGAUAAGCCAGUCUCGUUCGAGGAACUGGACCGCACAUGUCUUCCGGUCUUUACCCGCUUCAAAUUCUUCAGUGAUGCCCAUACCCAUCAGGCAUCAACAACCCAACCUCACGGACGACGCAUCACAUUUAACACACGGCACCUGAUAUUAGCGGGACUGCUAGACGAAGAUAAGUUGAGGGAUGAUUUACUGAACAAACGGUUCGUGGUAGAGAUUCAUGAUAGAGAUAUUCGGCCACCGGGAGAUGUCAUGUCGAUUGCUCAAGAUGUCGGCGCGAGUAAUACAGCUCAAAUGAAUCUCAACGGCAAGCAUUCGUAUGGAUAUGCAAGCUUUUCCUUAGCAGAUUUAGCAAUGGGAAUGAAGCAUGUAGAGUUGAUUACUCCUAUCCUGCCGGGACGGCACAGACCAGCAAGCAGUACCUCAAGCAUUCCUGCAGGACUAUGGUUAGAAUCCGCCGCAACGUUGUCCAUCCGCGUCGAACUCAAAUAUCCUAUUCUUGCCAAUACGGCUUCAACUGGCGGAGCGCUUUCUGAAGGACUCUUUGGAAGAGUCGUUAUCGUUACCAGCGCACAAGACGAGUCCAUUGCGGAACUUGUGCAUGAGACAAUCGUGGCACAGAAUUUGAAAGCACUGAAUAUACAGGCUGAGUCCGAAAAGGAAAGGAGGAUGAUGUUGGAUGCGUACACCCUUUCGGACGAAGAUAAGCGCAACGUCGAGCUGGAUAUACUGACAGGUUACCACAUCUUUGAUUCUCAAAUGCGCAUACUUCUCGUCGAAGGACUUUUGGAUGGUGGAACGGCUCACUUAUUUGAGAUCCUACCAAAGUCGGACGCAUACCAUCUUUGGUACAAUCCAUCUAUAACAUUCACCUCACGCAUCUGGCUGGCUACACCAGGUCUACUCUACGUCAAGCUUGAUCCAUCACUUUCUGAAAUAAUGAGGCAGACGUCUACCUACUUACGCAAGCGCACAUCGUCAGAAAGUUUUGAGUGCUUGGAGAUUUUGAAUCAGAUUCUUCACCUCGACUCUUCGUCCACUCCUACACCCAUUGGUCACUAUCCGAGCACGGAUUUGAUCAAUGCGGUUGCUGAAAACUUUGGGCAAGUAGUGCCGUUUGAAGUGGCGGCACCCAAGGCGGGGCGAAAGAUUCGUCGAAUGAUGGAGAGGAAUGGGUCGGGUGGACUGUCCCUCAGUGAUGUAGAUGAACAUGAUCAGGCAUCAAGGACCUCGUUGGCGACAUUUGGGUCAGGGUCCAGCGUGCGUGGAAUGGCAGAAAGAGGAGAAAAACGCGUAGCAGCUACAAAUGAGGAUUUUGAGCAAUGGCUGGCCUUCCGCAGCUUGCGACAGCCAAACUUUUUGGCUAUCAAUGUGAGACAAUUUAAGGGUGUACGCCGGCCACCAAGAGAACGUGAUUAUCAAGAGAAUCCCGUGCACAACUACUCUAUGCAAACAUUUUCGACUACAGCUGCACAGCUUAAAAGUCUGCGAGCACGAAUGGAAGAGGAUGGUCAGACAGUCUUCUCCUACGGUGGCAAGUUCCUCUCACAAUUGAUUUCACAAGUGGAUUACGAUCAAGAGAUUCGAAAGGAAAUGGUAGAGAGUAGGAGAAAAUGGAUCACAAAGGAUGGAUUUCGACCUGCACCUUAUGGUAGAUGUACAUUCACAACCUAGCGGGUUUGAGAUGAUCCUAUAUAUUUAGGAGUUAGAGUGCUCUGGUUUGUUUAGAUCUGCGUAGCGUCGUAUAGAAGUAGGAAGCAUCCUGCAGCAAGUCAGAUGCUGAGUAAGCGAACCAAUCGGAAAGCGCGUGGCUUGAUAUUCAUUAAGACAAUAAUGGCAAUUCUGCUUAGCACCUUUUUCU